UUUUGACAUUCAUGGAGCACAUGACACAUGAUAGAUUGCUAAAGAAAUUACAGAAAGUGAGGAAAUACCUACAAACUAAAGUGAAUAAUUUACGCUCAUUAUUCAACAAUUUGAAGUUGAAUUUUUAGAUGUCACCUAAACGCAAAUCGAAUGCAAAUACGAGUAAGUGGAUGAAGUGUGAUAUUUGUGAAUCCAUUAUUAGAUCAGAAGAUAGUGAAGAUCAUUUGCGAGAAUGUCCUCCACCAAACGAAAACUGGAAUCACAAAUUUAUCCGAAACUGUAUUUUACAUAGCAUAGUAGAAGUUUACAAUCCAAAGGAAUUUCCUAAAAACAUUAGUGAAGCUACUGCUAACAACAUGGUAUUUUUAUCAGAAACUGCAAUGGAAUUGUGCAACAUUGCUUUAGGUGACGAAGUACUUCUUACUGGAAAAAGCGUCGCUGUCAAAACUGCUUUUCCUUGUAAUGAUGGAAGUAUUGUUAGUCUAUCUCUAACGAAAACUGCCAUCGAAUUUGAAAAACUUGGAACACUUAUCAAAGUUCAAAAAUUAGACACAGAUCCUUAUAUUGCAAAGGAAGUGUUGAUAGAAUUAAUAGGAAAACAACCUAUUCCACCUCUCUCAUCUGAAUUCGAUGUGAUGAUCAGAAGCCAUAACGACGAAAGGAUAUUUGCCAUCGGAAACAUAAUUUCAGUUCCUUUCUAUGGUAGAAAAUUAAUCUUCAAAAUUGUAAAGGUGAAAUUCGACACUGAUUUAAAACUUGAUGAAGAGAUGGCGGAAGAUUUGUCACAAGUGUUCGGAACAAUGAAUAUUUCUGAAAACAAUCGGACUAUUCGUUUAUAUAAAACAAACUAUACGACAAAAUGGACCGUUUUGCGUAGUAUACAGGAUGAUAACAGGAAGAAAAAGAGACUCAAAUUCGACGAUAUCGGUGGAUAUUCAGAUCUCAUAUCUAAAAUACAAAAUCUGAUGGACGAUGCCUUAGGAGUUGGUGGACAGAUGAGCCAGUUUAACCCAAUUAGAGGAAUAUUGCUCUACGGUUCACCGGGAGUCGGGAAAUCCACAAUUUCAAACACUCUAAUAUCAGAGUACGAUCUGUAUUCAGUAACCAUCAGUGUUUUAAAUCUAAUUCCUAAAAAUCUCGGAGACACAGAAAUUGUAUUAAAAGAACUUUUUGAAGAUGCAGUGGCUAAAGCGCCCAGUAUAAUUCUUUUAGAAGACAUCGACACACUCUGUCCGAAGAAAAGUAGUUCAAGUACAGAUCAGGAAAGAAAAUUGCUGGCUACUUUAAUCAAUCUUUUCGACGAAUUGCGAUACACAAAUUCCAAUGUUGCUGUUUUAGCUACAACUUCGAAAUUAGAUUUCGUUGAUAAUUCUCUACGCCGAGCUGGUAGAUUACAAAAGGAGUUCGAAGUCAGUGUGCCAGAUCGGAAAAUUCGGAGAGAGAUCAUCAGGAAAUUAUUAUUGAAAGUACCUCAUACUCUCACUGAGAAAAAUAUUAAAGACAUCUCUUCGGAGACUCACGGUUUUGUGGCUGCAGAUUUGGAAGGUUUGUGUUCUGAAGCUAGGUCUCACGCUAAAGAACGCCUUUCCCACCAAAAUAUUAGAUCUAAUCUAGAUAUUGUGGAGAUAAUGUUUGAAGAUGUCCAGUACGCUUUGAGAAAUGUAAACCCUUCUGCGAUGAAAGAGGCGUUGGUUGAAAUUCCAAAUGUGAAAUGGUCGGAGAUUGGUGGGCAAGAGGACUUGAAACUGAAAUUGAAACAGGCUGUCGAGUGGCCUUUGAAACAUCCGGAAGUCUUUCAGAGAAUGGGUAUUGUUCCCCCAAAAGGAGUUUUGAUGUUUGGUCCACCGGGCUGUUCAAAAACUAUGAUUGCUAAAGCCCUGGCUACAGAAAGCAAACUUAAUUUUCUUAACAUCAAUGGUCCAGAAUUGUUUUCCAAAUGGGUGGGAGAUUCCGAAAAGGCUGUAAGGGAUAUUUUCCGAAAAGCGAGACAAGUUGCUCCUUCUAUUAUUUUCAUUGAUGAAAUUGAUGCUCUCGGAGGCGAGAGGGCCUCUUCUUCGAAAAGCGGUGGAAGCAAUGUGCAGGAAAGAGUUUUGACUCAACUUUUAACAGAGUUAGAUGGAGUUACUGCCUUGGGGAAUGUUACAUUGGUUGCAGCAACCAACAGACCAGACAGAAUUGAUAAGGCACUUUUACGACCCGGUCGUCUGGAUAGAAUAAUUUACGUGCCUUUGCCAGAUGCAGAAACUAGGAGAGAAAUAUUUGCCAUAAAAUUGAAGAAAAUGCCAAUCGCUGAUGACAUUAUUAUUCAGGACCUCGUGGAUAUAACUGAAGGUUACUCUGGUGCAGAAAUCCAGGCUGUUUGUCACGAGGCUGCCAUGAAUGCCUUAGAAUUAGAUUUAACUGCAACACAAAUCACGAAAGACCAUUUCAGAACUGCGUUAUCUAUUGUAAAGCCCAGAACAUCGGUUUCAUUAAUUAAAAUGUAUGAUAAUUAUAUUGCUAAUGCGGAUAUGCAGGCAAAUCGGGCGAGUUAAUGAGUUUAUGUGACUGAAAUAUUGUGAUAGAAUAUUCUAUUUUUGUUAUGCAAUUUUUUUAAAAAUCAGUAAGAAAUAAAUAGCCUUUAUAACAAAUG